AUGUCUGAGACAGACAUUUGGGGUGAAAAUGAAUUGAGAAAUAAUUUAAUUGCUUUUGUUAUUUGGGAAAUGCAGAAAGUCAGUCAAAAUAUGAUAAAUUCUGCUAGUUUAAAACUUUUAUGCAUUUCAGAUGAGAUAUCAAAAAAUGGAAGAAAAGCUUUUGAAAAUUUAAGAAGCGUGCGGAUAAAAAAACUCACUACCGGCGAAACGAGAAAAAAAAGCAGAAAAAAUUGA